AUGACAACAAGCAUUAAAGGAAUGGAAUCAAUGCUAGUGGGAUUCAGAUUCCACCCAAUCGAUGAAGAGCUUGUGAGUCACUAUCUCAGGCUCAAAAUGGAAGGCAAUGACUCCCUAGUCCGUGUCAUCCCUGAAGUUAACGUGUGCAAGUGGGAGCUUUGCGAUUUACCUAAGUUCUCAGUGAUCAAGUCAGAUGACCCAGAAUGGUUCUUCUUUAGUCCCCGGGAUUUCAAGAACUCCAACAGCAACAGAACGAACAGGGCUACCAAAUCCGGGUACUGGAAAGUCACUAGUAAAGAUAGGAAGAUCAAAGCUAGAGGCACCAACAAUGUGAUUGAGGGCCUUUGUCCUCUGUCGCUUAAAAAAAAAAAAACAGAUGAGAAGACUAAUGUGACAGCCCGUGAUGAAGGUGAAGAAAGCAGCUACAUUGCUUCUGAUUUUGAAAAUCCAAUGAGAGAGGAUACAAUUCCAGAGGUACAUGAUCAGACAGAAGAAGACUUGGAAUCAGCCCUUCAGCUGCUGCAUCAGCUGCAGGAUUAUGAUGCCUCUUCCUCACAACUUCCAUUAUACAAUCAGCAGGAACCCUCUUUCGUGGAUUCCACAUUUACCAAUGGCUGUAAUGGACUGCAAUUUCAGUCUGAUGAUAAUGAACAUGAAGAGGAUCAAAGAAAGUUUGUCGAUUCACUUUUUGUUGACCAGGAUGAGCACCCCCAUGAAGAAAUACUGCACUUGAGUCACACAGAUGCUGACACAGCCCAAGCAAAGGUAGAGGUAAACAUAUAUUCUCCAACAGCUAUUGGAGAAUCUCCAAUAGCUAGUAAACUGACAAAAAUGCUUCAAGGCACAAUGUUACUGUUGAUCUUCCCACGGAAAAAAAAUGUUACUGAGUCUAACAAAGAGCAGAAAAUGGCUAAAGGCACCAAUGCAAAGGAAAUCCUGAAAUCAACAAGAGAUGGGUCAGCUGGCAGUGAUCGUAAGGGUUAUCUCAAUUUCCAAGAGACAUCGCUUCUAGUCCAUGAAUCUAGUCCACCCUGGGCGUAUUUUGUCAAUAUACUAAUUGGUGUUUUAUUAUUUGUGGUUGUUAUUUGGGGAGUGGUGAUAUGUGGAAAUUACUGGUGCUAA